AUGUAUACAUACAUGGAAUACCUACAGAAAUGUUUUUAUAAAUCAACUAAUUGGAAUGAAGACAACAUAUAUUCUAAUAUUACUGCCACAUCACAAGCUCUUUUAGAUUUCCCCAUACCCAAUGGGUUUAAGAUUGAUUCUUCUUCCAAGACUACAGAUUAUCUGGCGUCGUCAUUCACAUUAUCUAAUCAUCACCAAAUAAAUGGAUCAUUAGCAUACUUAUACUCAUCCAUUCCAUUAACUAACACAAUGGGGACUAAAGAUGUUUCAUUACAAGAUGCCAUUGCUGGAUUUCGAAUAAUUGAACCCCUGGUUGGGUUAAGUUCCAAAUUGACAAAUAAUAUUAUACAAAAUCGAAGCUCUUUAUUAUACGGGAGAAUGUAUUUCCCAGGAUCAGCACUUGAAGCUAUGAUAAUCAAACGAAUUACGAAAAAUAGUCAAUUAUUAAUUAAAUGUGUCAAUAAUCCGCAUCUAGAAAAAAAUGGAACCAUGAUUGUAUAUUUGCAAAACAAUACAGCAAAAUAUCUGCGAGAAUUAAUUUAUUCCACCAACGAAGCAUUGAUUGGGUUGCGAUGUUUGUAUAAUCUUGGGAAUGAUGCUACUUCACAUAAUUUUCCUCAUGUGAACCCAGCUGUGAUUCCUAAAUUUGAUAAUUCUGUGAUAUCAAUAGGAACAGAAUUAUGGUAUGCGGCAAGAACAAUGAGUCCUGGGCUAUCAGCAGCAUUAAGAUAUUCAACCCGAUCAACAUCAACGGGGAAACCUCUCACCAUGACAUUGGCUAUAAAUCCAAUUGUUGGCCAUAUUUCAUCAACUUAUACAGUUAAAACCUCUGUGGCAUCAACUUUUUGUUCCAAAUACGAUUUCAAUGUAUUUUCUUAUGCCAGUAAUCUAUCGUUAGGAUUUGAAUUAUACAGUUAUGCCAAUAAAAAGAAAAAUACCUUUCCUAGUUUUGAACAUCAUGAAAUCUAUUCUUCCAGCGAAGAAAAUAAAUAUCUCAAAAAGCAUCCAGAAUUACAAAGGCAUCAUCGUGUUCCAAUAAAAUCUCAUAAAUAUCAAGGUAACAGAACAAUAAUAAAUCCAAUACAGAACUUAGAUAAUGUAUAUCAUAUCAAUCCCACCUUACUAUCAUCUACUACCAAUUCUCCUACCAAUAAUGAUAAUAGCAACACUAGUGAAACCGUGACCGCAGCAUUUCAAAAUUUGGUUAAUGAAAGUGAUUUCUCUAGUGUUUUUAAAUUUUCAACUAGUCUAAAUGAUAAAGUAGUGAAGAUUUUAUGGGAAGGUAGAUUAAAAGAUUUUUUGGUUAGUACAGGAGUUAAAUUAUCUUUAAAUCCAAUCACAAAUACCCCUGAAUUCAACAAACUAGGAAUUUCUUUCUCAUAUGCUCUUUAA